CCAGCAUGGCGGCAGAGCGGGACCGCGAGCGGGAGCUGCGCUUCUACCGACGGCUGCCCAAAGCGGAACUCCAUGCUCAUUUGAAUGGCUGUAUCAGUACUGCUACUAUGAAGAAGCUCAUGGCCCAGAAGCCAAACCUUCAGAUCCAGAAUGGAAUGACUGUGAUUGACAAAGGAAAGAAAAGAACCUUAGAUGAAUGUUUUCAGAUGUUUCAGAUCAUCUAUCAGGUUACCACGAGGACUGAAGAUAUUUUACUGAUAACUAAAGAUGUCAUUAAAGAAUUUGCUGAUGAUGGUGUUAAGUAUCUGGAAUUGAGAAGCACUCCAAGAGAAGAAAAUGCCACAGGUAUGACCAAAAGGAUGUAUGUUGAAACUGUACUUGAGGGUAUAAAGCAGUGUCAAGAAGAAGGCUUGGAUAUAGAUGUAAGGCUGUUAAUAGCAAUAAACAGAAGAGAUGGCCCAGCAGUUGCUAAGCAGACUGUUAAACUGGCUGAAGAGUUCCUGCUUUCCAGUGAUGGGGUUGUAGUAGGACUUGACCUCAGUGGUGAUCCCACUGCAGGACAUGGUCAAGAUUUUUUGGAGCCGCUCUCUGAAGCAAAAAAAGCAGGUCUGAAGCUGGCACUGCAUCUUUGUGAGAUUCCAAAUCAAGAAGAGGAGACCAGGAUUCUCCUGGGCCUGCCUCCUGACAGAAUUGGACAUGGAACAUUUCUCAACUCCACAGCAGCAGGUUCUGAAGAGAUAGUGUCACUGGUUCAGCAGAAUCAUAUACCUAUUGAAUUUUGCAUGACAUCAAACAUAAAAUCUCAGACAGUGCCUUCCUGUGACAAACACCAUUUUGGAUACUGGUACAGCUUGGGCCAUCCUGCAGUGCUUUGUACUGAUGACAAAGGUGUCUUCGCCACUGACCUAUCGCAAGAAUAUGAGCUGGUUGCAAAAACAUUUAAUCUGACUCGAUCACAGAUGUGGGAUCUUUCCUAUGAAUCAAUCAACUAUAUUUUUGCUUCAAAUGCAGUAAAAUCCAAGCUGAGGGAGCAAUGGUGUAAGCUGAAGCCAGCUCUGUUUGAUUAACCAGACUGUUGUCCUGAAUAGCUCUGGUGUAUUAGCUAAGUUAAUAAGCUUUUUUCACUGAAGUCCCCAGCUUUUUUCAGACCUCAGGGUUUUUAACCCAGCCAUAAACUGCCUGUAUGAAUUGAAAGCAACUGGAAUGCAUCCCUUCUAACUGGGGACAGAAGCAAAUGUUCUUUUGGUAGGUGAGAGGGGUUCUCAUGCAGUGACUAAAAUGCCAGAUGUGUUGUCACCUUGUUUCUCUUGAGUUGAUAUAACAUUUUAAAAAUACUUAAUUGAAAUAUAU